AUGGCAGGAGACCAGAAGUUUGCAUCCGUGGUGCCCGUUGAAGCAGAGGGCGACGAUGAGGCACCGAAGCCAGGAGCUAUCGUGCAGUUCACCACUGCGAUCUACUUCGUUGAGGAAGAAGAGCCGGAUUUGACCAUCGACAUCAUGCGAUUGGGAUCCCUGAGGGGCGACAUCAGCGUGGACUGGCUUACCGAAGAUGGUUCUGCAAAAGCAGGGGUACGGUACGAGGCAGCGAAAGGUCAGAUUGUCAUGAAGGAUGGCGAGUACCGGAAGCAGAUCAAGAUCAAGACGAUCGCCAACGAUUUCUGGUCUCCGACAUUGGAGUUCAAGGUCAAACUCGAGAACCCUAGUGGCUGUUCCCUGGGUCUGUUCCUGAAAUCGUGUCGUGUCAAAGUGAUUGAUGGCGACACUUUCCCCUCAAGUAUGAAUAGGGAGCUAUUGCUGCAAGGUGAGGAUGGCGUGCGACGAAUCCGCAUGAUACGGCUUCUGUGGGAGUUCUGGAAGCUCUGUUUCAAUCAGGUGAAGGGGGUGAAGACCCGGACCUUGGUUACACUGUUUUUGGAUCAGCUCCGGAAUGCUAGGAAGCUCUCCGUCCUCCUGCUCAACAUUUAUAUGGUGGAUGUUGUUUUCAAUACAGGCGAUUCGACGACCCAGGAACAGCUCAUGCUUGCCACUCGGCAAGAGACGGCUCUGAUGGUUGGGAUAUGCCUUGCUGCACCCAUGAUCCUUAUGCACGUGGCGGCCCUGAUUAAGGCCAAGAUGGACUUGAAGGGCCACAUUAACCUUUUUCUGCAGCGAGCCCUCUUUCGAAAGUACAUGAACUAUAGUGAGGAGUCCCGAAACGAAACUCCUCCUGCCACGGUACAGGGUGCCGUCCUGUCGGAUGCAGGCGAUGCCGCGGAAAGCUACAUGAAAUUGUUGGAGCUUGUGUCGAUCGUCGUUCAGCUUGGGAUUUUCAUCUACUUCACUCUCAUGGAGAACCCUGAAGCUUUGGUGUUCAUUCUCUUGAUGCCUUGCUGCAUGGUGGUCUACUUCAUUGUUGUCGGUCUGAUCCGCGGGCCCAGAGAUCUGUGGAAGGACACUGAGGACGCGAUGCUGUUCCUGGUCGAGGAAGUGUGCCAGCGCUAUAGGCUCGUGGCAGACUACUUCCAAAGGCCUCAGAUGAACGAUGAGUUUGAGAAGACCAGCGGCGAGCUGCGAACGGGAAUCGUCCCGGACAAUAUGCGCGAUGCCAACGACGAAAUGUUCCCAAAGUGGCUUGGCCCAGUCUUCAUGGCCAUCUACAUCGCCAUGGAGGCGAACAGCGUGGUGGAGGGAAGGUUGAGCCUCGGAACCUUCCUGGCCACAGUGGGCAUCAUGAGCGAGAUCAGUGACCAGUUCGGCGAGAUUUACGCAAUCAUUCUGGAGCUGCGCUUGCUGCAUGUGGCAGUGGUGGACUUGACCGUGAUGUUCAACAGUGCAACAGACCUCAAGAAACAAAAGGAAGUGAACCGAAAGCGCCGCGAAGAGUCCAGAAAGGCACGUGACGCCCUGUUUUCAGAGCCCUCAGAUCCUGAUGCCGAUCCGACGGCGGCCUUGUACAAGACGGACCUGAUCCCAAUUAGGCUCGACAGCAUGGGCUACUCGUUGAUAAAUGCGGAGGGGACCGUCAUCAAAACACUCUUCAAGGACGUCUCUGUUCAAGUGGAGCAGGGGAAGUUGAUUGCCGUCACAGGCGACCACGGCUCGGGCAAAGCCACGCUGUUGCGGCUUCUGGGCGGCGUGAUCUAUCCUCAACAGGGUCUGAUCUUCAUCCCGUCACACCUCCGGGUGCUGCAUGUUACCCAGGAGGCACUCAUCAUGAAUGGCACGCCGUGGCGGAACUUGAUUUUUGGAUGCCCACCACCGGCCAAAAUCGACCCGCAGCGUGUGCAGACCAUUCUCCAAAUGAUGGGAAUGAAGGUGACGCUUUCGCUGAUCGAGGAGGAUUUGCAGAAGCAUGCCAAAGGGGAGGCACCCCAAAAAUCUGCCGAGAGUUUCCGAGAUGCCUGGAUCGGGUCCAUGACCUAUUCGGAGAAGGUCAAGAUCCACCUGGCACGGGCUUUCAUCAUGAACCCCGAGGUAAUGGUUUUGCAGCGGCCGCUGCACCAUUACGAUGCACCUACAGCUGCGAUCAUUCUGGGGCUCUUGCAGGCCCACGUGAAGGAACGAGGUCUUGGGUUACCUGCGAAGGAUAGAGAGCAUCGACGUCCCAGAACCGUCUUCUUUACGGUGGAGGAGAAGUCUCAGGCAGAGGCCUCGGAUGUGAUUUGGAGGAUCACGGACGAGGGCACGGUCGUCACAGGGAGCAAGGGUUAA